AUGGAGCAAGAAGAUCAAUCAAUAGAAAAAUCUUCACAAGAAAAACAAGCCCUAAACCAUCAAGAAAAUACUAAUAUUGUCGAGAAAGAACAAGAAGUAAGGAGCAAAGACGAGGAAGAAGAGGAGGAAGAAGGUUAUGAUGUUUUUGAUUCUUCUGACGAAGAUGACGAGGAAGAUGACGAAAAUUCAGAAGAAGCAGCUAAAAUUAAAGAUGGAUUUAUUGUAGACGAUAACGAUGAUGAUGAAGAAGAAGAUGAAGAGGAAGAAAUUGGGUCGAACAAGAACAUAAAAGAUAAAAAGAAAAAAAGAAGAAGAAGAAGAAGGGAGGAAGAUGACGCUUUAAGUGAAGAUGAUUUAGACUUAUUAUUGGAAAAUACUGGUGUGCAAAGACCAGCUUCUAAACCUAAAAGAGGAAGGUUAAAGAGAUUGAAGAGGUCCAACGUAGGCGUUGAUAGCGACAGGGUAGAAGACGAAGAAGAAGAAGAAGAAAAAGAAGAAGAAAAAGAAGAAGAAGGAGAAGAAGGAGAAAAUCUGGGCCAACAAGACCGUGACAAUAGGGUUAAAAAACAGGGGUCUUCUAGUGUUUCUGCAAGACCUGCGGUCGAAGAUUUUUUUUCUUCGGAUGAUGAUGAUGCCAUGGACGCAAAUGUUUCUGGCGAUGAUAACAAUGAUUUUGCCACUGACUCUACUGUAAACAAAAAAAACAGAAAAGCAGUUGAGACUGACAUUGGUAAUAGGUUGGAUGAUUUCGAUGAUUUUAUCGAGGAGGAUGAAUUUAGUGAUGAAGAUGAGGAAACCAGACAAGCUAGAUUAAAACAGCGUAGAGAGCAACGUGAGAAAAACCCAUUGAGAAUAACAGGGCUAUCACCUGAUAAAAUUGAUGAAAUGUUUGAAAUUUUCGGUGAUGGUCAUGACUACGACUGGGCUCUGGCUGUGGAAGACGAAGAUGAAGAUGAAUUUGCUGAAAAUGAGUACGAUGAAGAUGAAGAUGAAGACGAUAUUGAAUCUGGUGGUGGAAAUCGUUCCAGAAACGCCAAAAAGGUGACUUUGAAAGAUGUCUAUGACUUGCAAGACUUGAAAAAGAACUUGAUGACCGAUGAAGAUAUAAUAAUUCGAAAAAAAGACAUACCUGAAAGAUUUCAAGAAAUUAGACAAGGUAUACAAUCGUAUGAUGAAUCUUUAACUGAUGAUGAAAGAAAAUUAGAAAAUAAAUGGAUCAGUGAUAAAAUUGCAAACUACAAGAACUUUCAACCCGGUUCUGACUUAUCUGAAUUUGAAGAGGCUAUUGGAUUUGCCAUAAAUUUCAUUAGCAAAGAAAAUUUAGAGGUUCCCUUUAUUUAUGCAUAUCGAAGAAAUUAUAUUUCUUCGAAAACAGCAGACGGUUUUGUUUUGAAUGAAGAUGAUUUGUGGGAAAUAGUUUACUUGGACAUUGAAUUUCAUUCUAUUGUUUAUAAGAAGAGGUAUGUGGAAAAUUUUUACAAGCAGCUGAAUGUUUUUGAUUCCGUGGUUGAGGAAUAUUUUGCCAAUCAAACAACCAAAACCGAUUUAAACGCCUUACAAGAUAUUUACAACUACUUGGAGUUUAAUUAUGCCCAGGAAAUUAAUCAAGUUUUGCAAAAACAAUCCAAGAAACAUUUGAAAUAUUCCAACUACGAAAAAUUUAAGAAUAGUAGCUUGUACCAGGUGGUGAAAGAUUUUGGAAUAAGCAGUGAGCAUUUAGGCGAAAAUAUUAUUAACCAAACUCAAAUACAUCCUGUUGUGGAUCACCCUACCAUGGCACCAAAGGAGGCUGUUUCCGCUGCUUUGGUCAACGACGCAGACCAAGUCUCUAUUUUUGCCUCCAACCAUAAACUAGCUUUGGAAACAGUGGUAAAAUAUUUGGCUUUGGAAAUUUCACACAACACCCAUAUUAGGGAGCGUGUCAGACAUGAUUUUUACCAGUACUACGUUGCCGAUGUUAAACUAACACCAAAGGGGAAAAGCGAAAUCCAAAAGGGGUCGCCAUAUGAAGACAUUAAGUAUGCAAUUAACAGAACCCCGCAAUCCUUCCAUAAAAAUCCAGAUGUUUUUCUAAGAAUGCUGGAAGCUGAACAACAGCAUUAUUUGCAAGUCUCCAUUCAUAUGUCAUCACAGUCCCAGUACACGGAACAUUUGUUCCAUGAAUGCUUGGAAUCUACCGAUACCAAUGAAAUAGCGGUUGAAUGGAAUGAGAUGAGAAAAAAAGUUUUUGAAAAGAGUUUGGAAAAAAUUUUCCAUGAUAUCGCUUCUGAAAUUAAGGACAAUUUAAAGAAAAUGUGCGAAACUUUAAUCAGUAGAAAUGUUCGUCAUGCAUUUUUACGAAGAUUGGACCAAGCGCCGUACAUACCUAAUGUAAAAGAUGCCAAGAUUCCAAAGGUGUUAAGUAUUACGUGUGGGAAUGGUAAAUUUGGUAGUGACGCCAUUAUUGCUACGUUGGUAAAUCGCAAGUCUGAAUUAGCAAGAGAGUUUAAAAUUGUGGCUAAUCCAUUCGAUAGGAAACAACAAGAAGGUGCGCGUGAUGGAUUUGAAAGCAGAUUUGAAGAGAUAGUUAAUGUCUGCCAGCCAAACUGCAUUGCUAUUAAUGGACCAAACCCACAAACAUCUAGAUUUGCCAAGAAGUUGCAGGAAAUAAUCACCAGAAAAAGAUUAAUUGACGGUAGAAGCGGCAACUUGAUCCCAUUAGUUUUUGUUGAUGAUCAAGUAGCGAUUUGUUAUCAACACUCGAAGAAAUCUGAAGAGGAGUUCCCAGGUAAAUCGAUUUUGGUCAAGUAUUGUAUAGCCUUGGCCCGGUAUUUGCAUUCGCCGCUAUUAGAAUAUGCUAGUCUAUCUGCGGAGGAGCUAAUUUGUUUAAAUAUACACCCACAUCAGUCGCUUUUGCCUAAAGAAUUUUUGACCAGAUGUUUAGAAAGUUGUUUUGUUGAUAUUGUUAAUUUGGUAGGUGUUGAAAUUAAUAAGACUGUAGACAACAAAUAUUACUCUCGUUUAUUACCAUAUGUUUCCGGAUUUGGUAAACGUAAAGCUAUUGAUUUUGUGGAAUCUUUACAACGACUAAACGAACCAUUAUUAGCACGCCAGCAAUUAAUUACGCAUGGCAUCCUACAAAAAACCAUUUUUAUGAACGCAUCUGGCUUUUUGUAUAUUGAUUGGAAUACCGAUCAUAAGAACAAAAAUGGUAAAAAAAAGAAUAAAAUCUCGCACUACGAAGAAGAAUUUGAACAUGAUUUAUUGGAUAGCACCAGAAUCCAUCCAGAAGAUUACCAUUUGGCCACCAAAGUUGCAGCAGAUGCUUUGGAAACGGAUCCAGAUAUUAUUAAGGAGAAAGAGGAGAACAGAACAAUGAAUGAGUUUGUAGAAAUGUUACAAAAAGACCCAGAUGGUAAAGAAAAAUUGGAAAGCUUGAAUUUGGAGCAAUAUGCUGAAGAGUUAGAAAAAAACACUGGGGCCAGAAAAUUGAACAAUUUGAACACUAUUGUGUUGGAAUUAUUGGAUGGGUUUGAAGAACUAAGAAAUGAUUUCCAUCCAAUGACAAAUGAAGAAAUCUUUUAUAAUUUAACGGGUGAAACUGAUAGAACGUUUUUCAAGGGAUGUAUUAUUCCUAUAAGGGUUGAACAUUUUAGAAAUAAUGGUGGAGAAAUUAUUUGUGUCUCUAAUAGUGGUAUCGAAUGUACUGUUCCGGCACAACGUCACCUAGGUUACCAACAAAGGAGGCCUGCCAUUGACAUUUACGAAAUGGGUAAAACAUAUCCUGCCAAGAUACUAUAUAUCAAUUACGAUAAUAUUAGUUGUGAAGUUUCACUAUUGCCGCAUGAUAUUGAACAACAAUAUGUUCCAAUACAUUAUAGUAAAGACCCAAGUAUCUGGGAUAUUCAGCAAGAAAUCCGUGAUUUGGAAAAGGAGCGGGAGAUUACUAUGAUGGAGGCACGUGCUAAAAGGAAGCAUCGUGUUAUUAAUCAUCCUUACUAUUAUCCCUUUACUGGCAGACAAGCUGAAGAUUACUUGAGAAGCAAAGAGCGUGGUGAUUUUGUUAUUAGACAAAGUUCGUUGGGCGAUGACCAUUUAGCGAUUACUUGGAAACUAGACAAAGAUUUGUUCCAACAUGUUGAUAUUUUGGAACAAGACAAAGAAAACCCAUUGAGUAUAGGUAAGACAUUGAUUGUAGAGAAUGAACGCUAUCAUGAUUUGGAUCAAAUUAUUGUAGAUUACUUACAAAACAAAGUCAGAUUGUUGAAUGAGAUAACCAAUAAUGAAAAAUUCAAGAAUGGCACUAAAAAGGAGGUUAUCAAAUUUGUGGAAGAUUAUUCCAAAGUUAAUCCCAACAGGUCGGUUUAUUAUUUCAGUUUUAACUACGAUCAUCCAGGUUGGUUUUAUUUGAUGUUUAAGAUCAAUGAUAGGAGCAAGUUGUAUGUUUGGAAUGUUAAAUUAACACAUACAGGGUAUUACUUGGUUAAUUAUAAUUAUCCAACAGUUAUUCAAUUAUGUAAUGGGUUUAAGACAUUGUUGAAAUCGAACAGAACGCAGCGCACUAGUGGAGGAGGUGCUACUAGUAGUGGUAACAGUAAUGUGAAUGUUAAUACGAGUAAUGGUGCUACUACAGGAACUUCGUAUUGA